AUGAUCAUGUUACUAUCACAACUGAGCUUGGCGGCCCCUAAAGCCACAUUAUCCUUUCAAGCCGACAGUGACAAUCUUCCUCCCAGCCUGCACACAUCUCAUAUCCGGUUCAACUGGCUUGAAGGAUCAAGCUCCAGAAUCACCUCGCCAUCUGUCAAGUCUAUCCAUCACGGCGACAUUCCCCGUGAGGCUCAAGCGUUAUGGAUCGAUAAGGAGGACCGUUGGCCCCUUGGGCAUGCCAUCACGGUGGUAUUCCUUGAACGGCCAAUCCAUUGUCACGCCGACAGGGUGAUUCAGAUAGUCGCCCAAUGUGCUGAGCAGUGGGUCCAAGACGCAAACAUCAGUUUUCAAUUUCUGGCAACCACAACAAAUAACCACGCCAUGGGAAGAGCUGACCUCCAAAUCACUUUUCAGCCUGGUAUUAGUUGGUCUGUCAUUGGAACACAGGCGCUAAGGGUCCCAGGAAGAACUAUGAAUCUUGCAGUAGAGCCAUGGCAUGCGGCAGAUCAGAUCCGUCGUAUGGCAUUCCAUGAGCUUGGGCACGCCCUUGGAUUCCGUCACGAGCACGCCUCCCCGGCAUCCAACCUCAAGUUCGACAAGGCAAAAUGGAUAAUAGAUACUGGUAAAACAGAGGAAGACUUCGAGGCGAACUUUGAAAAGCGAAUUGAUUACCGGCCUCGCCUUGUUUCAAAAUUCGACCGGCAAUCCAUCAUGAUCUACAAGACCCUUUCAGAGUGUGAAUGGAAUGUGGACGGAGUUGAUAUCCCUUUGACCAAUCGUCUAUCCGUCAUAGACCAGGCAGUUAUCAAAAUUGCAUAUCCCUUCCAAGCAACCAAUCGUCAACUUGUCAAUGGCAAGUGGUACUGUCAGAACGGGACCUGCAAGCCAAGAAGGGCUCAAUGUAAUCUUUGCAAGCAUAUUUCAAAGCUUUCUCCUUUGGGUGAAUAG